AGGUUAUUUUUGUCUGAUAUUUAUUUUUUUAAUGUCCUUAAACAUUUAGGUGGGGAAACUAUGCAAAAAUAUCCAAAUUUGAGAAGGGGAGCAAUUCUCGUCCACGGGACUGAAGACACGCAUCCCAGCUACCAGCCUCCAGGGCUCGGAAUGACCCUGGCCGGGGGGGUCAGCCAAGGUGAUGGACCGAUGAAGUCAUUCCGGGACGUGCGCCCGGACCACUCCGGGCUCUGACUUCAUACGCUAACUCAUUAAGAAAUCCACGGACGUCGGGCCGAAGGAGGACUGGAUAAAUAUGAAGGAUGACAGAUCCAGGAAGUGGUGUGGGUGCUUCCUAUGUACUACAAAAUGUUCAAACUUUCAGGCUUCAAGUUGAGCUGCUCGACAGUCUGGGGGACAUUGAACCGGAGCAGAAUAUUCACAAUGCCCGAGACCUGUUUUGCUGUUGGUUGUUACAACAGACGAGACAGACAUUCAAAGAGAUCAUUCUGUAGAAUACCAGCUGAAAAGACCAGAAAAGAUCGAUGGAUUUCGGCAAUUAAACGUGAUGGAUGGUUCCCGACCGAAAUAAACACACACCUGCGUAGUGAUUGCUUCAUUUCAGCAUCUUGGGAUAGGUGUGAUCACCUGGCUCCUGAUCACGGUCACGAUGACAACCAGCAAUUUGACACCACCCGCAAAUGGACCGCCACCUCUUCCACUGAUGAUGGCUCCAACGGAAGCGAUGAAGAAGGGGAUGCUGCAUCAAAACUUCCAAGAUCAGAUUUAAAUAAUUUGAAGCGAGAGAAACCAUUGUUUUCCAGUGGCGUAGAACAUUCUGGGGCAUGUGUUCCUUUAAAACUGUGUCAUGGAAGUGAAGACAGCGUCCCCUACACUAUCAACAGAUACCUGCGGGAUUACCAGCGAGAAGGCAUUAGGUUCAUCUACAGUAACUAUAGCCAUUCGAGAGGGUGUAUCCUGGGGGAUGACAUGGGCCUUGGAAAGACAGUGCAGGUUCUUGGUUUCCUUGCGGCAGCAUUGCACAAAAAAGGAACUUGGGACGAUAUUGAGAGCAACAAGCCUCAUUUUCUGCAGAGCCAGACCCCAUUCAGGCAGAGGGAGCCAGAUAAACUUUUCCUGAUUGUGGCCCCGCUGUCAGUACUGUAUAACUGGAAAGAUGAACUGGACACUUGGGGCCACUUCCAGUAUGCGGUGGUCCACGGGCUGAGGAAACAGGAGGCGCUGGCUCGCGUCAAGAAGGGCCGCGUGGAGAUCGCGCUCACCACCUACGAGACGCUUCGGCUCUGCCUGACUCAGUUUAAUAACAUCACGUGGUCCGCUGUGUUUGUAGACGAGGCGCACAAGAUAAAGAAUCCAAACUCUCAAAUCACUCAAGCCAUGAAGGCUCUCAAAUGUCAGAUCAGAAUUGGUCUAACUGGCACCAUCCUUCAGAACAACCUUGAGGAGUUGUGGUGUGUCAUGGACUGGGCCGUCCCUGGCUGUCUUGGCAGCCUGGGGCAUUUUCGGAAGAAAGUGUCAGAGCCAAUCGAGCAAGGCCAGGGACACAGUGCAACUAAGCGGGCCUUAGCGACAGCGAGGAAGACCAUCAGGGACCUGGUGAGGAAGAUUUCCCACUGCUUCCUCCGAAGGACUAAAACACUGAUCAAGGACCAACUGCCCAAGAAGGAUGACAGGGUGGUCUACUGCUCACUGACUGACUUUCAGCAGACGGUCUAUCAAGCCGUGUUGGAUUCUGAAGACGUGCAAUUGCUUCUGAGAUCUUCAGAGAAAUGUGGCUGCCAAAGCGGCCGUGCACGAAGGAGAUGCUGCUACAAAACAAACUCUGAGGGUGUGCCAGUCAAGACAAUGUACUUCACUUACCUGGCCGUACUGAGGAAGGUUGCGAGUCACGUGGCACUGCUUCAAUCCACUGCAGGCACCAGUAAGAAACAGGAAAAGUGUGUGAACGCCAUUUGUCAAAAGGUGUUCCAGAAGUUUCCAGACUUUGUGCAGAGGUGCAAAGACGAAGCGUUUGAGGCCCUGUCCGACCCAAUGUAUAGCGGCAAAAUGAAGGUUUUGCAGAAACUCCUCAGAUUCUAUCGGCAAAAGAAAGAUAAGGUUCUCCUUUUUUCACUCUCAACUAAGCUGUUGGACGUGUUGCAGAGCUACUGCAUGGCCGAGGGUCACGACUACAGCAGAUUGGAUGGGACAACUAAAGCCAAAGAACGAGUCAACAUUGUCAAGGAGUUCAACACCUCCACUCACAUUAACCUCUGCCUGGUCUCCACAAUGGCGGGUGGUCUCGGUCUUAACUUUGUCGGGGCCAAUGUCGUGAUAUUAUUCGACCCAACUUGGAACCCAGCCAAUGACCUCCAGGCUAUAGACAGAGCAUAUCGCAUUGGCCAGUGCAAAGACGUGACUGUUUUCAGGCUAAUCUCAUUGGGGACUGUGGAGGAAAUUACCUACCUCAGACAAGUCUACAAACAGCAAUUGCAGAGCUCUGUCGUUGGCGCGGAGUGCGCACGGCGGUACUUUGAUGCGGUGCAGGGAACCCAUAAAGGUGAACUGUUUGGGAUCCAGAACCUCUUCAGGCUUCAGACCCAAGGCACAUGUCUCACUCGCAAGUUACUAGAGCGUGAAGGACAAGUGGAGGCGGGCGUCAUGACAACCAGCACACACACAAAUGUGGAUGAGGAGAUGAAGACUCACAGCGUCAGCGGAGCUGGAGAUGCAUCCAAGGAGAGCAUGUGUACACCCAAGAUCCCCAAAGGGCUGCUGGACUUCAGUAGCGGGAGUGAUGAUGAUAAUGUUGAAAGGGAGCGGGUAAACCCCAGUGGAGCGGUUGGCACAAGGACAACGGAUUCCUCUGUGGGGCCUCGUCCAGUCAGUCUCCUUCAGCACGGUUUUGCCACAGUGCUCCAAAGGCUUCAAGCCAUGCCGGAGUCCAGUGAAGGUGACAGUACUUCUGGUGGAGAGGGGCAUGAUGAAGGCGAAUCCCAAGAGACAAACAGUUCAAGCUCGGAAGGCUCCAACACCCAGAAUAAUGUUCGCCCUAAACUGGGAAGAAACAUGCUACAGCAUGGGAAGACAAAACCAGGCGACACAUCACGGAGGAAAAAUUUGGAGGCAAAUGACAAGGAGAGUGAUCGAAGCAUCAAAAAUCCGAUGCUUCCCAAAUCACACCGCUUUGACCAUGAUUCUGAAGAAUCGGAUGAUUUGGACAUUGAGAUGCUCCAAAGGGCAAAGGGUGAUGCCCUGAAUUCUCGCCGGAGAGCAAUAUGCAAAAGACAAGGAAGAAGAGGACACGUUGGAAAGAGAGACAUGGUGAGGGGAACAAUAUUCACCGAGGACAUUGAGACCUUCACUUCAGAGGAUGGCAACACUGGAAGUUCAGAUUUAGCCAAAGCACGGGUCCCGAAAAAUGGUCAAGGAUCUCGAAUGAGCACUCGCAGAGGAGAAGAUGCUUCGUUUACUCAUUUGAAAAGUCAAACUUCUCCAGCAUCCAAAGGAACCAUUGACACUGUCUUAGGUGGGGUGCAGGAGGCGGUGUACACCCACUCCAACCAGCGCGUGGUGGGCGGAAGUAAAGCUGAGGAGCUGAUCAGUAAAGCUGCAGUGAAGGACGUGUUUGAGCGCAACAUGUACUCUCAACUGCCUGCCAAUGAACUUCUCACUCCUUUCAAGCAGAGUUUGCCAGAAAGCCCACCCGACCGCCAGCCCCGCCUCACUCCCGACAUCCCGCAGCAGCUUCCUGAGCCUCACCCUGUCACCAUCACCGAGAGCAUCGUGCAACACACCAGAUGUCACACCUUCAUCUUGGGGGAGACCCCUCUGGCAGUGCGCAGGCAGCAGCUGCAGGAGAUGGCGUCCAAGUUGAAUUUCCCCUCGGCCCAACAGUUCGCCGCUGAGGUUCUGAGAAGCGACUCGACUCAAAGGUUAGCGUGGCUCAGAAGCUAUUACGCCACUCUCGGCCACCCUGAAUUCGCCACCUUCGUCGCCGGCAACUUAAUGCCAGCCGACGGAGCCCAGAUCUCACCUCUCAAAACCACCGAGACCGAAAGGCCGAAAUCCAAACAGAAGGGUCGGGAGCCGGCGAAGAAGAAACGGCUAUCGCAGAAGAAUGUGCACGAGCCUCAGAGUGAUGUUCCAAGUGUGGUUCCCGAGGAGCAGGAGCAGGCGGUCAGCCGUGUGAGAGGUCAUAGGAAGACAAAGAAGUCUACUGUGGCCAGACCUGUUGGUGGUCAUGGUGUGUGCGAAGCCAGCAGCAGCAGUAGUUGUCCGGACCCUCAGGAGAUGACGGAUACUUCCCUUAAUAUGGAGCAAAACAUGACUGCAAAUGUUAAAAAACAUUCCCAGGAAGUUCUCCCUCAAGAACAGAACUCCGAUCUCACGGAACUCUUGGGCGACACCUCCAUCCUUGACGACUUAUUAAAACCCAAACUCAAGGGUCCUGCCCCAAAAACAUCCACCUCUGUCCUAGCCUCUCCUCAUCAAUCUAGAAGCGCCAAUAACAUCAACAAUUCAGACACAUGUGAGUCUUUCCCUACAAAACAGAUACAACUGAGGAGAGGCCGCAAAGACUUCUGGGACAUUCUGAACGAGGGCAAUGAAGAGAGCAUCGACAGGCUUACAGACCUGGAUGAGGUGCAGAGGGCUUGCGUCAAAACCAAUUUGGGACCUCGAACUCACUCUGUGGAGAUGGGGAGCAAAAGUCUCUGGAAGACCAACGACAAGUUUCUUUGGAAGAAAUAAUAUCUCUAUCGCUAUUGUUUUUAAUCCCAAAAGUUGUAAAUUUGCUACUUGGACCUUCAAAGGGGAUUUACUCGAUUUACGGAUUGUUAUAAGGGUGGAUUGGUUGCCAUGAGUUUUGAGCUGAUCAACAGAAUUUGAUUCGUUGAAGAAACUGCCCCACUGUAAAAAUACGUGUGGCAGUCGGAAGUUAACGAGCCCAGUUUAAUUUAUCCUAUUUCUAAUUUUUUUUUUUUGAAACUUUCAGAGAUUUAAAAACACAUUAGAUUUUUUUUUUUUUUUUUUUACGUUUUGUAUAAGCCCGUCUUCUUCCUGUCAAACAUUUUAGAAGUGACAUCAUUGCUGGAUGUCCAUCAGAAGUAGAGAGCUGUGAUUGAAUUCUUGCUUCUCCCACUCAACAUUUUUAAAAGUUUGAUGAAAUGUUUAUGGUCGUUAUGGUUAUGUCACCAAUGAUGAAACAUGUCAUCAAUGGUGAUCGGAUCCCUGCCUCGACCCGAGCUAACGCUAUUCUCAGGAUUACCGCCGAAAUUGGUCUUCCACUCAUUUGCAUGUUUGGACUUGAACUCGUAGUUGUUGUAACGACUUCUGAUUUUGAAGGAGUCGAGCAGAUUACAUGGAAAAAGCAGCACACACAUUCAGAAAUCUUAUUGCUGUCAAGAAAAAUGAAAUGAAGCGAAUUGAGUAUUAUGUGGGACAACAGGAAAUUACAGUGUACUAGAAAUGUAUGUUAGUGCUUAGGUGAGCAAAAAGUCCUUGUUGCCAGGUGUCUACAACCGCGAAAAAGCACACAAGUAGUUUUUGGGAUGUGUUUUGGAUAAAAAUGACCAGGAAUAUAAUCUAAUAUAAUUCAAGUUGCAAUUUCAUCAUGACAUUUUGAUUUGCCCAUGUUUUUAGUCAUUUCUUUUAACUAAAAGUCAACAUUUUCUCAUUUUUUUCAUGCUUUUAUCUUUUUAGGGGAAAUUAGGGAUCAGGAAUGAAAAUUCAUUGUUGAUUUUUACAUGCAUAAACAUCAAUAUCGGUUUUCCCACCAAGCCUUUUAAGUGUGAUGUUGUGUGGCGCUCUCACAUCGGCUGUUCAAGCUGAUUUUCUCUCUGUGCGUGGAGACAAACUUGUCACGUGAAAAGCACGUAUUUCUAAGUUAUCUGCACUUUUUAUUUAUCCAUCGAAAACAAUAUUUAAAGAUGUGAGAUCUUGAAAUAAAAAAAAGAUAUUGCCUUUUCA